AUGCUGCAAGAACUCUCGAGCAUGGACAGAAUAACUCAGCUCCAGGACGAGAUACAAAAGCUGCUUACCAUCAUGACCAACAGUAUCAACUACCUCACCACGCGUACGAACUUCGUGCAAAUCAGCGAUAAUAUUCCUGUAACGAAGCAACGAAAGGCGGAGAAGUUCGAUCCCGAGGAUGUCUUUGAGGCGAAUAAGAAGGAACUCGUACAAGACCUUGUUCUCAAGGCCAAACAGGUCGAAUUCUUGAUACAGGCCCUGCCUCAACCAGAACCGGAAGAGGAGCAGGCUAAGCGGUUGUCUGCGCUCGAGAAGGACAUGCAACGCGCGAAUGAGGAGUAUAUUAGGGCUGUCAACCGCGCAAAGGCGCUGUAUGCUCAAAUAAGCGAGACAGUGAAAGCCGUUCUGGAUCAGGACGGCGCUGACACGGAUCUCCCGGGAUGA